AUGCCCUCCCCCGUCCCUCCACCUAUGUCCGUGUUAAGUUAUUACAAUAAUAGACAGAAUCUGAACAAUGAGAAUUCUUCAACAUUUCCAAAUAGUCUUGCUCAAUUUCAACCUCCACAGAACAAUCUUGCAGAACCUGUUCUUGGAAUGAACUUUCCACGGCCAUUAAAUGCUGUUGCACCACCUGAUUCGUCCUCAACAACAUCACAUAGUACAACCUUCCCUGUAUCUCCUUCGAGUGACGAUGAAGAGGCUCAGUAUCUUGCACAAUCAAUUUAUUGGUCAUCAACAGAAGGACACGAUUCUAGUCCUCCAGAGGACAUUUACUGUACGUCAGGGAGCUAUUUGAAUUCAAGACAUAAAACUCCUAUUCAUGAGGAUCAAUCCCUUUUGACACCAGCUUUUGAUAUUACUAGUAGAUACAUACAUGGAAGAGAUGAAUUGAAGAACGUGGUCCAAUUACAGUUAUACUCUGAGGAGGAGCAACAAGAGCCAUCGACAAAGAAUAUUAAUAUUUCAGAUUCUGUGUGCUCUUCUUUCAUUGGAGAAAAUACUACACUGAAAUGCGUGUUAUUAUUCACAACGGCGAAUCGUGAAAUUCCAUCCAAGUUAUUUUCUGGUUUGAAAACAUUGCGAAAAUUAGUCGUUUGGAGUUGCAAUGCGGCCAUGAGAUUGUGGAAUUCUUCUUUGAAGGAAAUAGUAAUGAUCAAUACCGGAAUAUACGGUCAAAAAUACCAAUUGACGGGCCUAGAGAAGUUCACAAAAUAUAAGGUGACAACAGAUAGAGAUGAAUUUCCAAUAUCGAGAUCUGAGAACAUGGAAGAUGCUGCUUCUAUUAAGCAAAAAAAAAUUGAAACCAAAAAUGCUGGCCAUCUUAUUGAGUAUUUUCAAACACAACUCGAAUCAAGAGUUGCGAUGAAAUUAUUGGAAAAAAUUAGCCAAUUGACACGUAAUGAAAGCGGGAAUGUUACCUUACUGCUACAAAAAGCUGCAGCUCAAAAAGGAGUCAAAGCUGCAAUGGACUUUAUGGCCUAUUUGAUCAAAAAGUUACAAUUUCCUUGUGAACAGUUGGACUUGUUCCUCCAGUUAAAUUCUUCUACUCAUGCUCUGCAAUGUAUCGCACAAUUUGCAGUGUAUUUAUGCAAUGAAUAUCAAGGUGGAAGACUCUUAACAAUUCCCAAUGUUCAAAAACCAGAAUCUAUUCUGCUGCUUUUAUUGAGCUAUGGUUGGAAUUGUUGGGCUCAACACGAUGCGUUUAUUUACGUUAUGGUUUCAUUUCUUUCAGAACAGAGGCAACAACAAUUUUUGGAACAUGCAUUGAAAACAUAUUAUGACACGAUGAAUGUCGAUGGAUUUAUUCACUCAUUUUACAUUGCCAUGCACAAAACACAACAUCCAUCAUUACUACCAUUUUGUCCUAUUUACUCUUACAUCGAGAAGAAGUAUUGA